AUGCGCGCAGUGUGGGAGGCGCUGGCGGCGCUGGCGGCCGUGGCGUGCCUGGUGGGCGCGGUGCGCGGCGGGCCCGGGCUCAGUAUGUUCGCCGGCCAGGCGGCGCAGCCCGACCCCUGCUCGGACGAGAACGGCCACCCGCGCCGCUGCAUCCCGGACUUUGUCAACGCGGCCUUCGGCAAGGACGUGCGGGUGUCCAGCACCUGCGGCCGGCCCCCGGCGCGCUACUGCGUGGUGAGCGAGCGCGGCGAGGAGCGGCUGCGCUCCUGCCACCUCUGCAACGCGUCGGACCCCAAGAAGGCGCACCCGCCCGCCUUCCUCACGGAUCUCAACAACCCGCACAACCUGACGUGCUGGCAGUCGGAGAACUACCUGCAGUUCCCGCACAACGUCACGCUCACGCUGUCGCUCGGCAAGAAGUUCGAGGUGACCUACGUGAGCCUGCAGUUCUGCUCGCCCCGGCCCGAGUCCAUGGCCAUCUACAAGUCCAUGGACUACGGGCGCACGUGGGUGCCCUUUCAGUUCUACUCCACGCAGUGCCGCAAGAUGUACAACCGGCCGCACCGCGCGCCCAUCACCAAACAGAACGAGCAGGAGGCGGUGUGCACCGACUCGCACACCGACAUGCGCCCACUCUCGGGCGGCCUCAUCGCUUUCAGCACGCUGGAUGGGCGACCCUCGGCGCACGACUUCGACAACUCGCCGGUGCUGCAGGACUGGGUUACGGCCACCGACAUCCGCGUGGCUUUCAGCCGCCUGCACACGUUCGGCGACGAGAACGAGGACGACUCGGAGCUGGCGCGCGACUCGUACUUCUACGCCGUGUCCGACCUGCAGGUGGGCGGCCGCUGCAAGUGCAACGGCCACGCGGCCCGUUGCGUGCGCGACCGCGACGACAGCCUGGUGUGCGACUGCAGGCACAACACGGCCGGCCCGGAGUGUGACCGCUGCAAGCCCUUCCACUACGACCGGCCCUGGCAGCGCGCCACCGCCCGCGAGGCCAACGAGUGCGUGGCCUGUAACUGCAACCUGCAUGCCCGGCGGUGCCGUUUCAACAUGGAGCUUUACAAGCUGUCGGGGCGCAAGAGCGGGGGCGUCUGCCUUAACUGUCGCCACAACACAGCCGGCCGUCACUGCCACUACUGCAAGGAGGGCUACUACCGCGACCUGGGCAAGCCCAUCACCCACCGCAAGGCUUGCAAAGCCUGCGAUUGCCACCCCGUGGGCGCCGCUGGCAAGACGUGCAACCAGACUACGGGCCAGUGUCCCUGCAAGGACGGUGUGACCGGCAUCACCUGCAACCGCUGCGCCAAGGGCUACCAGCAGAGCCGCUCACCCAUCGCCCCCUGCAUAAAGAUCCCUGUGGCACCGCCGACCACUGCAGCCAGCAGCGUGGAGGAGCCCGAAGACUGUGAUUCCUACUGCAAGGCCUCCAAAGGGAAGCUGAAGAUCAACAUGAAAAAAUACUGCAAGAAGGACUAUGCCGUCCAGAUCCACAUCCUGAAGGCAGACAAGGCGGGGGACUGGUGGAAGUUCACGGUGAACAUCAUCUCCGUGUACAAGCAGGGCACCAGCCGCAUCCGCCGCGGCGACCAGAACCUGUGGAUCCGCUCGCGGGACAUCGCCUGCAAGUGCCCGAAAAUCAAGCCCCUCAAGAAGUACCUGCUGCUGGGCAACGCGGAGGACUCACCCGACCAGAGCGGCAUCGUGGCGGACAAGAGCAGCCUGGUGAUCCAGUGGCGGGACACGUGGGCGCGGCGGCUGCGCAAGUUCCAGCAGCGCGAGAAGAAGGGCAAGUGCAAGAAGGCCUAG